GCCAGUUUCCCAGGAUCGCUGCGGGAGUCGGAGGCUGCAGGGCGGGGAGAGUGUGGCCCAGGCUGCCGGAGCGGACACCCAUCAUCCAGAGAGAGAGAGAGACACCCGGCUGUUGUUUUGGGACACGCGCUUCCUUUCUGGGAUUUCUUUUUCUGUUUUUUUUUAUUUUUCUUUCCUUAAAACAAACUGCGGAGUCCCGGGAGUUCACGCACAAACGGAGAGCCCUCAGACCGGUGCGAUGGAGGAUGGGAAGCCGGUGUGGGCGCCCCACCCAGCGGACGGCUUCCAGCUGGGAACUAUAGUGGACAUCGGCGCUGACAGCCUCACCAUCGAACCUCUCAAACAGAGGGGCAAGACGUUUUUGGCUGCUGUCAAUCAAGUCUUCCCUGCAGAGGAUGAUGUCAACAAGCAUGUGGAGGAUAACUGUUCUUUGAUGUACUUGAAUGAAGCCACUCUGCUCAACAACGUUCGUGUGAGAUACAGCAAAGACAAAAUUUAUACGUUUGUAGCCAACAUCCUGAUCGCAGUGAACCCGUACUAUGACAUCCCAAAGCUUUACACGCCGGAGACCAUCAAGCAGUACCGGGGCCGGUCGCUGGGCACGCUGCCGCCGCACGUCUACGCCAUCGCCGAUAAGGCGUACAGGGACAUGAAGGUCCUGAAGAUGAGCCAGUCCAUCAUCGUCUCAGGGGAGUCUGGAGCCGGGAAGACCGAAAACACCAAGUUUGUGCUCAGAUACUUGACAACCUCCUAUGGAACAGGUCAGGACAUCGACGAGAGAAUAGUGGAAGCAAACCCGUUACUGGAGGCUUUUGGAAACGCAAAAACUGUCCGGAACAACAACAGCAGUCGCUUCGGAAAGUUUGUGGAGAUCCACUUCAAUGAAAAGAAUGCCGUCGUGGGCGGCUUCGUGUCGCACUACCUGCUGGAGAAGUCCAGGAUAUGCAGACAAAGCCCAGAGGAGAGAAACUACCACAUCUUCUACCGACUGUGUGCCGGCGCCUCCGAGGACAUCAGGCAGAAGUUCCACCUCAGCUCGCCGGACACGUUCAGGUACCUGAACAGAGGAUGCACUCGGUUCUUUGCUUCCAAAGAUACAGACAAACAGAUCCUGCAGAAUCGCAAGAGCUCGGAGCACACGAAGUCGGGCCCUCUGAAGGACCCGCUGCUGGACGACCACGGCGACUUCAACAGGAUGUCUGUGGCGAUGAAGAAGAUCGGCCUGGACGACACGGAGAAGCUGGACCUGUUCAGGGUGGUGGCCGGCGUGCUGCACCUGGGCAACAUCGACUUCGAGGAGGCUGGAAGCACAUCGGGUGGCUGCGCUAUCAAGAACCAGUCGAGCCAGACGCUGGAGUACUGCGCCGAGCUGCUGGGCCUGGAGGAGGAGGACCUGAGAGUCAGCCUCACCACCAGGGUCAUGCUCACGACAGCAGGGGGCGCCAAAGGAACAGUCAUCAAAGUGCCGCUCAAAGUGGAGCAGGCGAACAACGCUCGGGACGCCCUGGCAAAGGCCGUGUACAGCCGCCUAUUCGACCACGUGGUGACCAGGGUCAACCAGUGCUUCCCCUUCGACUCCUCCGCCAACUUCAUCGGCGUACUGGACAUCGCCGGCUUUGAGUACUUUGAACACAACAGCUUCGAGCAGUUCUGCAUCAACUACUGUAACGAGAAACUGCAGCAGUUCUUCAAUGAGCGCAUCCUGAAAGAGGAGCAAGAGCUGUACCAGAGGGAGGGGCUCGGAGUCAACGAGGUUCACUAUGUCGACAAUCAGGACUGCAUAGACCUGGUGGAGGCGAAGGUGAUCGGCAUCCUGGACAUCCUGGACGAAGAGAACAGACUACCUCAACCCAGCGACCAGCACUUUACCGACACUGUUCACAACAAACACAAGGACCACUUCCGCCUCACUGUUCCCAGGAAGUCUAAGCUGGCCGUCCACAGGAACGUGAGGGAUGAUGAAGGAUUUAUUAUCAGACACUUUGCAGGAGCCGUGUGCUACGAGACGACCAAGUUCGUGGAGAAGAACAACGACGCCCUGCACAUGUCUCUGGAGUGUCUGGUCAGUGAGUCCAAGGACCGCUUCGUCCGCGAACUCUUUGAAAACUCCAACAACAGCAAGGACAUGAAGCAGAAGGCGGGAAAACUCGGCUUCAUCAGCGUCGGCAACAAGUUUAAGACCCAGCUGAAUAUCCUCCUGGAGAAGCUCCGCAGCACGGGCUCCAGUUUCGUCCGCUGCAUUAAGCCAAACCUGAAGAUGGUCAGCCACCAGUUUGAAGGAGCUCAGAUUCUCUCUCAGCUGCAGUGCUCCGGUAUGGUGUCGGUGCUGGACCUGAUGCAGGGCGGCUUCCCCUCCAGGGCUCCCUUCCACGAACUCUACAACAUGUACCAGAAGUACAUGCCCCCCAAACUCACCCGCCUCGACCCGCGUCUCUUCUGCAAGGCUUUAUUCAAAGCUCUGGGACUGAAUGAGAAUGACUACAAGUUUGGCCUGACCAGAGUGUUUUUCCGGCCCGGGAAGUUUGCAGAGUUUGACCAGAUUAUGAAGUCGGACCCGGACCACCUGGCAGAGCUGGUGAAGAAGGUCAACAAGUGGCUCAUCCACAGCCGCUGGAAGAAGGUCCAGUGGUGCGCGCUGUCCGUCAUCAAAUUGAAGAACAAGAUUUUGUACCGGACCGGCGCCUGUAUCAAAAUGCAGAAGACGGUCCGGAUGUGGCUGUGCAGGAAGAAGCACAAGCCUCGCAUCGACGGGCUAGUCAAGGUGCGCAACCUGAAGAAGAGGAUGGACCGCUUCACCGAGGUGGUGGCCGGGCUGAAGGAGGGCAAACAGGAGAUGAGCAGGCAGAUCCAGGAGCUGGAGGCCGCCGUCGACACGCUGAUGAUCAAAAUCAAGAGCACCAUCAUGAGCCGGAUCGAGAUCGACCACGAGUACCAGGCCCUGGUGACCCGGUCGGAGCAGCUGCUGACCGCCAUGCAGAACAAGAAGAAGGAGGAGGAGGAGAGGGAGCGGCUCCGGCGCAUCGAGGAGGAGAUGGAGAGGGAGAAGAAGAGGAGGGAGGAGGAGGAGCAGCGGCGCAAGCAGGAGGAGGAGGACCGCCGACUGAAAGCAGAGAUGGAGCUGAAGAGAAAGCAGGAAGAGGAGGAGAGGAAGAAGAGGGAGGAGGAGGAGAGGAGGAUUCAGGUGGAGAUGGAGGUGCAGCUGCUGGCUGAGCGGGAGGAGGACGCGGCUCGGCAGGCCGUCCUGGAGCAGGAGAGGAGGGACCGGGAGCUGGCGCUGAGGAUCGCUCAGAGCGAGGCCGAGCUCAUCCCCGAGGAGGUGCAGAACGACUCCGGACUGCGCAGUAACGGCUCCUCAGUUCCAUCGUCCCCAGAGAGAGCAGCAGGUCAACAGGUCCAGGCCUCCAAGGCCGCCGCCGGGGCCAAGAAGUACGAGCUGAGCAAGUGGAAGUACGCCGAGCUGCGGGACGCCAUCAACACCUCAUGUGACAUCGAGCUGCUGGCGGCCUGCAGAGAGGAGUUCCACCGCCGGCUCAAAGUUUACCACGCCUGGAAGUCAAAGAACAAGAAGAGAAACACCGAGACGGAGCAGCGGGCCCCGAAAUGUGUCACCGACUACGAUCAUGCACCACCUGUGAAAAAAGCAUCCCAGCAGAACCCAGCCCCGCCCAUACCGGCCCGGCAGUACGAGGUGGCCAUGAACCGACAGCAGCGCUACUUCCGCAUCCCGUUCAUCCGGCCGGGGGACCAGUACAAAGACCCCCAGAACAAGAAGAAGGGCUGGUGGUACGCUCACUUCGACGGGCCCUGGAUCGCCAGGCAGAUGGAGCUGCAUCCCGAUAAACACCCCAUUCUGCUGGUGGCAGGAAAGGACGACAUGGAGAUGUGCGAGCUGAGUCUGGAGGAGACGGGCCUGUCCAGGAAGAGGGGCGCCGAGAUCCUUCCCCGGCAGUUCGAGGAGAUCUGGGAGCGCUGCGGCGGGAUCCAGUACCUCCGCAGCGCCAUCGAGAACCGGCAGGCGCGACCCACCUACGCCACGGCCACUGCAGAGCAUGUUCAAGUGACGCGGCCCGCGGCUCCUCACUGCAAACAAAGGGACAAAUGCACCAGCUACCUAACACAGAUGGCGUCCGAGCGCACUGCACCAGGUUCUGACUGGCAUUCAAGUGAACAGCGACUUUUGUUUUGGUUUUUUUGUUCUCAACUGUCCUUUUGGUUUUCUUCUGUUGCCGUUGUUGUUCUUGCAGGCUUUCAGUUCCUUCGAAGGGGGGCAGGGAAGCUUCGCGUUGAACCCUAUGCAGAAAAAUCAUACUAAAUUAUCACAUCUGGUUGUUUUUCUGUAACAUUUCUGCAAGUCUAACUACGAGGCCUUAACGCUACUUUAACAGGGUUUAUUAGCCAGAAGUAGGACUUUUUUUGUUCAAAGCUGCCUCCCUAAACAAGAAAACUUAAUUCCUUUUCUAAGUAUGCAUUCCUGAUUAUUACACUGAAGUCUCACCGGUGUGUCUCUUCCAUCUUUAACAGCUAGCUGGUGAUCCCUCUCUGACUUAAACCUGCUGUUUACAUCGUCUUCACGUGGUUCUUAAACAACACUUGCACAAGGAGCCGUCAAGGUGAUUCCUCCAGACUGCGCUCUAAAUUAAGUCAAAUAUUUGCUAAUACUUUUUUUUUAUUUUACCUUUUGUCUUUCCAGCCGAAUGUAACUUGAGACCUCGUUGAUUCUUUCAUGUUGUGAUUCCUCUUUUUCUUGUGUGUGAUUUAAUGUGUAAAGCUAAUGAGAAAAAGGUCCAAAAAACCUUUGAGAGUGAGACCAAACAUCGCUCUAACUUUGAACCCUCGUUGGGUUGUUUUUGUUUAGAUUUUUUAAUUUUUUUUUUUGGCCAGAGCAGUAAUUCAGCUCCGUGAUUAGUUUCUCUCUGCGUUCAUCAAGCAAAGCAGAAAAAUGUGAAAUGAUUAUGCAAAUGCUGAGAUGCAACUCCCCGCGGGCUGUUUGAGGCCAGAUCAGCGCUGCAAGAAAAAAGAAAAAUACAUUCAAACCAUAUUUAGUCUAAUCUGAUCUUUUUACACAAGGAAAUAUAAUUUGCCAAUGCAGUGAUUCCCAAGGCAGUUUCACGCUUUUCAGUGACGACGUCCUGAAAAUAUAAAUCACUCCAUCUGGCUGUUUAAAUUAAAAAUAUCAUUUGAUUGCAGAAAUGUUUUGGAUGUUUUCCUGCUGUGUGAGAAGCUGUCGAGCACGACGUUAACGCUGCACCGGUACGACACUGAAUAUUUUCUAUACAGCGACCUUUCCAACUGGAAUGUAGGAGUUUAUAUUUGAAAGAACUGUUUCUACUUCAGUGGCUCGGGUACGUGAGAUUGUCACGUGAAGCAAUAAAUCAAACUAAAGCUGAGAGAUGGAACGAGCCGCCUCCGACGGGUACAUCAAAGAUUUAAAGACAAUCUGCUGCGACGUUACACCUUCCUCUUUUCACCCGAGGUCGCCAAGUCUGUUCCUGAGCUUUCUUUUCCUUUUUACGCUCUUCUCUCCGCACAGCAAAAAAGGUCACUUAAGAUUGUCUGAAAGCAUGAAGAUCUGUCUUGCUGCAAAGUACCUGAUCCCCUUUUACAAAACGGCAUUAACAUGCAAGGAAGCAGGCUGUUCGAUGCGGUAAAAGAUGUCUGGACAUGUGGGCGAAGUAACUGCUGUUUAAACAUAUUACAACAACUAUAUAUUACUGCCGAAGUUUGUAGAAAUUCACUUUUCCAACUAGAUUUACACGAAUUCUACACCAAAAUCUAGGUGUUUUUUAACAUGCAAAUCACAACCUCUGAGCCUUAUUGGUCAGGUGUUUCAAGUUCAACUUUGACGAUUGUUUACUCUUCCGGAUCCCUGCAAAAGAACGAAAAAAAGCCGCUGUAUCGCUCUCGUCAGUCACCAGACUCCAUUGAUAAAAACUGCAAUUUUACCUCGCAGAACGCAGAAGUUGCUCGUCUACUGCUGCCUGGGUCAGUCAGUUUGUUUGUGUUAUUGUGUGACGUCGUUUUAAAAGGGAUAAAAACACCAAAGUCACACAAUAACACAAACUAACUGAUCGAGGCGGCGGCAGGCCAGAGAAGUAAAAUGACUAUUUCUGUCAAGGGAGUGGCGUUUUUGUCGAGAGCGAUGAAGCAAGCAAGAAAUAUCUUACUCUUUCAACAACAACAAAAAAGAUCUAUCUCUGAACCAAAAAUACAAUAAUAGUUACUCUUUAAGCCUAGUUCAAGUUCCAAAUACACAGAGAGCUACAAAGUUUAAUACAUGCAGCCAUGACAUUCACGUAAACAAUUACAAGAAGCUUGGACAUAAAGAUGUCGACCGAAAUGGCUUCAGCAAACGCAUAGAAGCAGGUGAGACGAGGAAGUUUUCUUUUAACUUGUGCAUUGACUGUGUAUCAGACUGAAUAUCAAUGUGAAGUAACUCCAUGUUGUUAUCUAGUCGGAAAUUGUGUUGAAGCUACAGUUUGAAAAACCAAAUCGUUUUAACCUUGAUGCCCAGACAUCAGCGCUUAUACACUAUAAAAAUGAAUAGCAGUGCUGCAGCUGAAGAGAUCAGACAGGUGACCAAACGUCAGACAGACAAAAUCGGAUCUUUUAACUGUAGAACUAAUUUUCUGCUGGUAUUAAGAGAGAUUUCAAACUGCUGAUAUCGCGCUCGCUCUCUCUCUGUGUUCUUUCACUUCUGACAGCUGCCAACAUGUGUAAACAGCUUUCACCGCUUCAUUCUGAUUUUAAAAAGGUGUAUUUUCUCACCUCCAGAUGAAACGACUUCAUUGACUUAGUGCUGGUUUUUCUUUAGUUUAGCCGUUUCCUGCUUUACUUGAUGGUACCUGUAACAUCAGAUCCCUGCAGUACAGCAAAUAAAGAAACAGCCUCGUAAAACUUCAGAGUUACACAUUCGAGGAUUUCAACUGUUUUUUAAAGGGUGACUUGGGUAUUUUGCGCCUCAUCUGGACCUUUUUCUCUAUUUGUUUUUGCCACUGACAGGCUCGGAUUGUUAUUACAAGUUUCUGGCAACAUUAUGGGAAGGAUCCCUACAGAAUAAACCUUUAUUUUAUUUUUUUUGACUUAAGACCCUUUUUGUAAACCAGAAACAGAGGUUAUAAUCGCUCUCAUCAAAGCCACCAGACUCCAUUGAUAAAAACAGUAAUUAUACCUCACAGAACACAGGAGUUAUUUGUCUACUGCUGUCUUGGCCGGUUAGUUAGUUUAUGUUAUUGUGUGACUUUGGUGUUUUUAACCCUUUAAAGCCACACAAUAACACAGGUAGCGGAAGACCACAGGUAUAAAAUAACUGUUUGUGUCAAGGGAGUCGAUCUAGGGACUGUUCCUGGUUAAACAAAAAGGAUCUCACGCUUUUUUUAAAAAAAAGGUCCAUCUCUGAACCGAAAAUACAGAAGUUACCCUUUAAACCUAAUUUGAGACCUACAAAGUUUAAUACAUGCAGCUUAGACAUAAAUAUCUCAUCAAGAAACAUACAGAAGCAGGUGAGACGAGCUGUUUUCCUAUCUGUUUAAAGGCUGAGUGUAAAGGGAUCACGAUUAAGACCUCCAGUGUUGGUUUCAGUACCAGAGUGAUGACCUUGAAAUAUGUCCUCAAAUGUACAAGAGGGUGUCAUCUGCAUCUGCUACGAUCUGUUUUCUCUCCCCACUCAUUACAAUCAUUCCUCGGGAAACACUGCCUUCUUGUCAUUUUUCUAACGCUGAUCUCUCUAACAGAUGAAUAAAUGCAUUCCAUGUUUCACUCA